AUAAAAGGUAUUAUUUUAAAGAAUACCAUUUCUGUCAGGAGAGGACUGGAGGAAAUAUUGGGAGAUUUAACCAUGUGACUGAGAAUUUGAGCUGCUCGUCAGAUGGUCUUUCCAAGCCAGCUGCAAUGGAACCACUGAAUGGAGAUGAUGGACAGCCAGAACAACAAAGCAAGACAGAACCAUCUCUGAAAGGUGUUGAAGUGUCUCCACACCAUCAAUGGGUGGCCUGGUGGAAUGGGAGGACAGCAGGCGGAAACCUGUAUCUCUUUGUCCUCUCACUGUUGUUGGUUUUCUUCUUUAUGUUUUGGUGUGGUGGAUGUGAGACAAUCCCAGCAGUUCAGGAUAUUUUUGCUGUCCUGUCCGACCUACUUCAUCCAUUUCAACAGUUGGAUUCAGAUUCUAACAAGGAUCUGAUCAGGGAAGAAGGCAUCACAGUGUCUUACCUCCUGCUGUCUCUGUUCUCCCUUGGCUUGCUACUUGUAGGAACAUUGGUUUGGCGUCUUGUGAAAGCACCUCCAGAUCCCCCAUUUCCCCUCCAAGAGGACAGACGACAGUCUGUAAGCCGCCAACCAUCGUUCACUUAUUCUGAAUGGACAGAAGACAAAAAUGAUGAUGACUUCCUUGAUUUAGAUCCUGUACCAGAGUCACCAGUUUUUGACUGUGUGAUGGAUAUAAAAGUAGAAACAGAUCCAGCAACUCUCACAGUUAAAUCUGUAGGGCUGCAGGAAAGGCGAGGUUCAAAUGUUUCGCUCACACUGGACAUGUGUACUCCAGGCUGUUCUGAACAAGGCUUUGGUUAUAUCAUGUCUCCAAGGGACCAGUCAGCUCAAGAAUAUCUCCAGACAGCAUCAAAUAUUCUCAGAGAGGAGGAGCUGCACCAGAAAGCUUUAGAUUCUUUUGUUCUCCAGGCAGAAUUUUUUGAAAUCCCAAUGAACUUUGUUGAUCCAAAGGAAUAUGACAUUCCAGGUUUGGUCCGAAAGAAUCGCUACAAAACAAUUCUCCCAAAUCCUCACAGCAGAGUGUGCCUUACCUCAGAUGAUCAAGAUGAUCCCCUUAGUUCUUACAUUAAUGCUAAUUACAUCAGGGGCUAUAGAGGAGAAGAAAAGGUGUACAUUGCUACUCAGGGACCCAUAGUUAAUACUGUCAGUGAUUUCUGGAGAAUGGUAUGGCAGGAGCAUUCUCCAAUCAUUGUCAUGAUUACCAAUAUAGAAGAGAUGAAUGAGAAAUGUACAGAAUACUGGCCAGAAGAGCAGAUUACCUAUGAAGGAAUUGAAAUUACAGUUAACAGAGUCAUACAAGCAGAUGAUUACCGGUUAAGGCUUAUUACUCUAAAGAACGGUGAAGAAAUAAGAAACCUGAAGCACUACUGGUAUACAUCUUGGCCAGACCAGAAGACCCCUGAUCAAGCACCACCCCUGCUACAACUGGUUCAAGAAGUGGAAGAAGCCAUGCAUUGUGCAGAAGAAAAGAAUGCUCCAAUCAUUGUUCAUUGCAGUGCAGGGAUUGGGAGAACAGGCUGUUUUAUUGCUACCAGCAUUUGCUGCAAACAGUGGAAAAAUGAGGGUGUGGUUGACAUACUCAGAACAACAUGCCAACUACGACUAGACAGGGGAGGAAUGAUCCAGACCUGUGAACAAUAUCAGUUUGUCCACCAUGUCAUGAGCUUGUAUGAAAAACAGUUCACUAGAGCAGCAGCAGAAGAAUGAAGAUUCAGGAUCAUUUAUUAUGACAAAGACCAACAGAACUCUGAUCAGAAUCACAUGUAUUCCAGAGCUGAGAAGGUUAAGAAUUUCAGAAUAGAAGAUAUUUAUUUAUACAUAUAAAUAUAUAUAAAUAUAUAUAUAUAUAUAUAUAUAGUUUUACUUUCAUAUUGCUUUAUUUUGCAUUCAAGAACUAAGAUACUGCUUUUCUUCAAUAUGUGACAGGGUGUUACCUUUACUUUAAAAAUUAAAAAGGCCUGUUUAUACUGUAAAUAAAAUCAGUAGCUUCAUUUGCUCCAAAAAUUUAAAACAUCAUUGCCAGUUUUGCUACUUAAAGAGAAAAAAAAAAACUUGCUACUAGAUCCAAAUACAAUGUGAAACUCUUUGAUAGAUGUCUUGCUGAAGUCUGUAAUGUAUGUUUACUAAGCUUGGAAACUAACUUUUCUGCCUUUUUUCUGAAUGAUUGUUUUUACAUUUUAAACUACCGGAUACUGUGUAUAUCAUAAAAUCUUCUGGGCCUCUGCAUUAAAGGAUUCAAGUGAAUUCAUACUGAAAAAA